AUGGAUGAGUGUUAUGAGAGGCUGCGGGGGGCUGCUCAAGCAGGAAAUAUCGAUGCAUUAUAUGCAUUAAUUCGAGAAGAUGCAUAUCUUUUGGAUGGCAUUGAUCAGAUGCCAUUCUUUGAUACCCCACUGCACAUAGCUGCAGCUGCGGGGCACACUGAUUUUGCCAUGGAGAUAAUGAACUUGAAGCCAUCACUAGCUUUAAAGCUGAACCAUGAUGGCUUUAGCCCUAUUCACCUUGCCUUGCAAAAUGGGCAAAAAGAGACGGUCCUUGAUCUCCUGGGAAUGGAUAAAGAUCUCGUUCGUGUCAAAGGAAAGGAGGGUAAAACUCCUUUGCACUACGUAGUUGGAGAAGCGGACCUCAGUCUUGUAUUCACAUUUCUCUUGUGUUGUCCUGAAUGCAUCAGAGAUGUGACAAAUCAAAAUGAGACUGCUUUGCACAUUGCAGCUCAAAAGAACCUACUGGAAGCUCUUCAAGUCCUUGUAGGUUUGCUUCGGAGGACGCAUCACAAAGAUGGAAAAUUAUGGGACAAAGAAGUCCUGAAUUGGAAGGACAAGGAAGGCGAUACUGUGCUGCACAUUGCGAUGGUAGAACUUUUACUAGAUUGUGGGAUCGAGAAGAACGCCAUGAAUUGGAGCGGGUUGACAGCAAUGGAUAUCUUACAGGGCCAAAGCCAAGUCGACAACAAAAGGACUUUGGAAGUUCUACGCUAUUUUGGGUGCUCGAAUGCUUCCUCAAUCCACACUAAUUCCACCUUUGUUAAGUUCUUAAGAUCAAAGAUCUCGUUUUCUGAAAGAUCGAAUAUAGUUAUAAGCCGGAUGAGGAAAAACAUAUCAAAUGGCACUCGCAACGCAUUACUGGUAGUGCUUGGUCUAAUUUUAACUACCACCUACCAAUCUGCUGUUAAUCCGCCUUAUGAUCUUUUUCAACCAGUUAUUCGCCAGGAAAUGAUCCCUCAAGAUGCAGGGGGACAAUGGGUUUCUCCGAACGAUGGUAUUAUGGCCGCUCUUGAUCCGCUUGCUCUGUCUUUCUCUAUCUUCAAUGCAAUUGAUUUCUUGGUAACACCUUUAGUGACACUUUUGAUCCUCCCUUGGGUUCCUUAUGGUCAGCUGCUUCACGUCCUAUUGCUGCUAGUAUUUAUCCUCUUCGUGGCGUCAAUGGGUUUGUCGCUUGCAUCGACGACUUCGGUUAUUGGGAUUGGUGUGUUUUGUUCUUUCGUAGUUAUCACAAUAAUCCUAGGGAUAUUCAUUGUCAUGAACAAAGUUAGAAGCGGGAAGGUUGACACAGACUGCAUCAAGGAAGUUGGUGACAGGAUACGUCUGCACGGGCACGAGGACGACGACAUUAAAAAGAAGUAA